AUGGAGAUGCUGCUCACCGCCUUGGUAACCAAUGAGAGGACCGCCGUCCAGGAAGUCGGCAAGGAUCAGCACGACCAACUGAGUAAGGACGUGCAAAUGUUCGUAUCCGACAAAGAGGUAGAUCACACUUUCGCCUGCUUGUACAAGAGAUACGGCCCGGUCAUCAGAGAUUCAAUCUUGCCGGAGAGCAAGAAGCGCGAUUUGAUACUCAUGAAGCUGGACGAGGAUACAUAUCGCAAGUAUGCUGAUGACAUCCUAUCGAAACAACCGCACAAAAUCGACCUUGAGACGACAGUCGCAAAUCUGGAAAAGCUGUUUGCGUCCAACAAGACUUUGAUUCGACGAUGGUACGAGUGUUUUAGAAUAAACUGCCCGCCGGUGACUUUCAGUUAUGUACCAUUCCACGACUACGCUAACACGAUCAAGCGGAAGGAUGAAGACGCCCGUCUAAAAGAGCUAGACUACACAGCGCUGAAGACGCUACAGUUGGUAGCAGAACUUCAAGAUCGGUCGCUCCGUGAAGUUCGUCAUAGAAUGCUCCGUCGACUACGCCGUUGA